AUGGCUUUUGGCUUCGGUCGUUCCACGACGGAAUCGGCCAACUAUUAUUCAAAACAAAACUCGACGGAACUUCCAAAUGGACCUUCUGACUCGGUGUCUCAGCUAGCAUGGACAACGCAGAUGCUGUUAACAGCCGGAUGUGACAAACAGGUGAAGGCAUAUGAUCUCAUCAGUGGCCGAACGACAGGACAAGUCAUUGGGCAGCACGAUACACCCGUAAACUUUGUCGCGUGGAACCCUAUGCACAAAUUAGUUAUCAGCACAAGCUGGGAUGGAGGCGUGAAGAUGUGGGACGGGAAGCAGCCGAACCCCGUGUGGCAACAAAAUGUCGGCGCCAAAAUAUGCAAGGCAGCUUUCCACGACUGUUUCUUAGGAAUCUGUGACACCUUCCACGAUUGCGUGAUCCUGAAUGUUCCGCUUUUGCUGCAACAGGGCCAGUCGGCCUUUGCUGUAAAUACUCCGAGUACGGCGGCCGCUGCCUCGAUUCCCGUUAUUACAAAAACAGGGUCUCAGUACCAGAAAAUGCAAACGCGUUCUAUGGCUUUCUUCCCCGACGAUGCUUCACAGACUCCAGGGGUCGCGAUUGGCAGUGUAGAAGGGAGAUGCAGCAUUCUGUACAUAAAAGAAGCGCAUAAAAACAUGGACUUCAGCUACCGGUGCCACCGCCAGGAGGUUCCGCAACAGCAGUUGCAGAUAUUCUCCGGAUCUGAUGGCGUUAUUAUCUGCUGGGACAAGGAAUCAAGACAGAAUCUAGUUCGUGUGUGCGCCAGACUCAAGACCUUCGAACCUGCCGGCGCACCGAUUGCUGAUCUGAAGUAUGACCCGACGUCCACAGCACUGGCGUACGCAGGCCCAGACCAGCAGGAGCUGGCCAAGGGGCAUCACGUUUAUAUUCACGCGAUGAAGGAGGAGGAUAUUCGCCCUCGGCCAAAGAAUACCCAGCGUCGCUGA